AUGUCGUCUUUGCGAGACAAGACGUCUGCGCACAUCCCUGCUAUAACGGGGGACAUCGCGUACGAAGACCCCUUUUUCCAGCUCCCCGCCGCCCUCACGGGCUACAAAUCAGGCAUCCUCUCAUAUACGGCUUCCCUCGUCUCCACCUCUGUGGGUUUCCCGUUGGACUCCAUGAAGACACGGAUGCAGACUCACCAUUUUGCCAAUGCAUUUGCCUGUUUUCGAGCCACCGUCCAGCACGAGGGCGUCCGCGGACUGUUCCGGGGUAUUUCUGCCCCGCUUAUCUCUACGGCCUUUGCUCGGUCGCUCGGAGUAUCUAUUUACACAGAGGCAAAGCCCAUAGUGAGUUUUCUGGGAGCCCCGAUCUGGGGCAGCCACCCGCUAAUUCAUAGAACGGCUCCGGUGUCCGAUCAGCAGGCCCAGAUCGACAAGGUGGUCAACAACAUCCCGAUUGCUGUUUUGGCGGGUUCCAUCUCAGGCGCGGCGGUGUCUCUUUUUGCGUGUCCAUUUGAACUGUCCAAGAUCUUCCAGCAAAUCCUUCUUUUGGUCAACAACUCAAAGGAAAACGGCAAGUACGUGCAUCUGCAACGCGACAAGCUGCCGUCGAGUCUUCUGAGCGUCGCGUCGACCAUAGUGCGCCACGAGGGACUCAGAGGACUCUACUCAGGCUACAGAUACCACCUCACGAAGGACGGAGUGUCCUCGGGGCUUUUCUACGGACUCUACGAGACAGUCAAACUAUUCAUCCAGACCAGGAAUGGUCACGUGACCCAGAAUUCCGAGUUGCAGAAGACGAUCAACGUGCUGAGUGUGCCGAUUUCCGGGGCGGUGGCGGGGUGUUUCAGCUGGGUGCUGGUGUUCCCCGUUGACACAAUCAAGUCGCAGUACCAGCGCGACGUAAUCCGCAACAUUUUACGAGAGGUGGCUGGCCGCGACAAGCUGCCUGUGGUAGCGCCCAAACUGAGAUGGCCCACGCGCGAGCUGUACCGCGGGCUUGGGCCCUCCAUCACGCGGUCGAUCGUGACCACCAUGAUAUUUUUCUCAAUUUUCGAGUACCUGAUGAAAAAUAUUGCCUGA